AGCCGGCGGGGCCGGGCAGCGGCAGGACGCGAGGAGAGGCGAGGCGCGGGGCCAUGGAGCAGUACUUCUCGGCCACGCAGAAGAUGGAGCAGGAGGUGAUGUUCCCCAGCCUGCUCAGAGGGGUCUUCCCUCAGGACGGGGCCGACCCGGCUUCAGACGGCUCCGCGGACCUGUACGAGCGCUACCAGCUCCUCAAGGCCAUCAAGCCCGUGGUGCAGCGCGGCCUGGCCUCCGUCACCGAGCGCAGCUCCGCGAGCGACGACGACGACGACGCCGACGCCGCAGCCGACGGGGCGGACGGCAGCCUGGAGCAGCGGCUGUGCCACCACCUGGCCGGGCUGCAGCAGAUCCUCAGCCACCUCACCAGGGACACCGCCGCCCUCACGCGCCGCUACAGCCAGAUCCUGGAGCGGAUCAGCCCCGGCGACGCGCAGCCCAGCUGGUGACCCCGCGCGGCUCCGGCUCAGCGCCGCGGGACGGGGCGGCCUCCGAGCGGCGACGGCGGAGCCGCGGAGCCGUCUGCGGGGCCGCGUCCCCACGGCGAGAGCCGGCGCUGCCGUCCCGCGGUGCCCCGGACUCGGACGGACUCGGAGCCCUGGACUCGGACGGAGCCGCGCAGCGCCGGCGCCUUCGGGCUGGAUCCCGGAGCCGCGCGGCGCUUUGUCCCCGCUCUUUGCUAAUAAAACGAACUGUCUGCAGCCGC